CCUGAUUUACGGCUCUGCUGAAAACCGCUUCUCUCCCGCAGCAGUAGCACCGGCCGCGGCGGCAGCAGCAGCGGCUGCAGCUGCAGCAACAAGUCGGGACUCGAAGAGUAAUGCAACAGAAGGCUUUUGAGGAAACCAGAUACCCCUGGCAGGAGUCCUUUGAGAAUGUUGCUGUGUGCCUGCCAUUCCGCUGCCCGAGGUGUGGAGACCAUACCAGAUUUAGAAGCCUGUCUUCGCUGAGGGCCCAUCUGGAGUUCAGUCACAGCUACCAGGAAAGAACCCUCUUGACAAAAUGCAGUCUGUUUCCAUCCCUCAAAGACACAGACCUAGCCACUUCCGCAGAACCCCUGAAACAGGGAAAACUGCAGAGCACUGGCAACGUGGUGAAGCAGAAACCUAGCUAUGUUAACUUAUAUAGCAUUUCGCACGAACACACCAAGGACCGGAAGCCAUUCGAGGUGGUGGCAGAGCGACCGGUGUCCUACGUGCAGACCUACACCACGGUGGACCUGCGUGCAGACUCGCUGGAGGGGCCACGGGCCAGUCCCGGCCUGCCCACCUCGGACACCAAAGCUGCUUUCGAGGCUCACGUCAGAGAAAAAUUCAACCGGAUGGUCGAGGCUGUGGACAAGACCAUCGAGAAGAGAAUCGAUAAACUCACCAAAGAGUUGGCCCAGAAAACUGCCGAACUGCUGGAAGUUCGGGCAGCCUUUGUGCAGCUGACGCAGAAAAAGCAGGAAGUGCAGAGGCGGGAGCGGGCCCUGAACCGACAGGUGGACGUGGCUGUGGAGAUGAUUGCUGCGCUGAGGCAGCGUCUGACGGAGUCGGAGGAGGAGCUGCUGAGGAAGGAAGAAGAAGUUGUUACAUUCAACCAUUUCCUGGAAGCAGCUGCUGAGAAGGAGGUUCAAGGGAAAGCUCGGCUCCAGGAUUUUAUUGAGAAUCUGUUGCAACGGGUAGAAGUGGCGGAAAAGCAGCUAGAGUACUAUCAAAGCCAGCAGGCUGCGGGCCUCUGCCGAGACAUCAGUGAGCACAUGCUCACAGAUAUCUCCUCAAAUAGGAAACUGAAAUGCCUAAGUCGAGGGCACCCACAUUCUGUGUGUGACCAGGCUGAUCUCAAGACCCAUUUUCAUCCAAAGGGAAGGAGCUACCUGAAAAAAGCCAAGGAUGACAGAGCCAGCAUGCAGCCCGCCAAGUCCAUGCACGAGCAGGCUGAGUCCCCACGAGAACUCUGCAGACCAUCGAAGAAAGGAGAGCCCCUGGGGUUUUGCCGAAAAGGCAACAUCAGGCCCAAAAUGGCCAAAAAAAAGCCAACAGCGAUUGUGAACAUCAUCUGAAAGCGGGGUGGCUCUGGACCACCAUUGCUGGGCUUUGUGGAAAGUUGUUCUAGGGGCCGACGGUAAUGCCCUUCCGGAUACAUCCCAUAGGAAGACACAUUGGGAAAAAGAAGGGCAUGACACAUUUAUCUUGUGUCCAUACAAGCACCUGGAUUAACCAGAAUUUAACAAAUGGGAAUCUUGGGGAACCAGAGUUUUAUUGCAGGUCCCUUUAGAAGCAAGAGGUAGUUUACAAAAAGAACUGAAAAAAAAAAAAAAACCAUUUUUUUAUUCCAAAAUUUUAGUAAAAGCUCCAACUUGUAAAAUAAAUAGACCACUCUCUGAUAUAAUUUCUGUACCUGGGGUUCUGUGCAGGGGUGAUUAAGCCUAGGGCUCACGGCCACACAAGAUGUCAGACACUGGAAAAAAAUUCUUCGGUGUCUAAACUGUGAGGCAAAGAAUGGAAACGCAAAGUUCUCUUAGUAGCAGUGAAAUAGUAAUAUUUUUAUUUCUUGUUAUUUUGGCCUCCAUUAAUUUGAAAGCUUCUGAAAUAAGGAUUCCUAGUUCCCCAAGUAUUCUGGUUAAUCAAGGUUUCAGUGUUUGGGUUGCUUCAGGGACUCGUUCAUUUAGACUUCAGUUCUCAUUUCUAGUUUGUUCGAUUCAGGUUCAUUGUUUCUCUGAAUGCACAUUUACUCAGAUUUGGGGGAGCCUCUGCUGUCUUCGAUGUGUAUUCUGCAGCCUAAGACCAAGCCCCGGCCUCCGUCUUCACAGCCAUUACUAUUGCCUGUGGUUGGGGCCGUAAAGCUCGUAAAAACCUUAACACCGAAAAGCCCUUAGAUGGGCACCGUCACCAGUUCAGGGUCGAGGGUUGGCAUGCCAGCGGAUUGCACGUGCAGUGCGCCGAGAGCCAGCCUGCGAACGCUGCAGAUGUUACUCAGCCCUUUCCCAAGACCCACUUCCCUGGUCGGCUGAGCAGCCUCGGUGAGCUGAGCGUGACUGUCUUCUUGCUGGCCUCACUCUUCACCUCCUGCUGCUUCUGUGCCCUUUGAUAUUAAAUAUAUGUCCUUACCUUUCAACCAGGCAUUGGAGUGUUCACUGUCCGCUGCUUUCUAAAGUAGUUUCUGAAACACACAGUGCAUGUGGGAUCCGCAGGCCAAGACUGUCCUUCUUCCCUCCCUGAAGUAGCCUUCGCUUUCACAAGCAACCAUCUGUUCAGAACCUCCUGCUUUAUGAUUUCCCUCAAGAAUGAAUUUCCAUGUUACUUUUUUUUUAAUGUUAUCAAUAUCAUCAGGUCUUCUGCAGAGUUUACAAGUGCUGACAUCCUUCUGGAAAAAAAGAGUAGUUAUGUCCACCCAUAUAUACAUACAUAUAUAUAUAUAUAUAUAUAUAUAUAUAACACAAGAUAUAUAUGUCAAGUAUAUUAAUAAUUUAUUUUUAAAUACUCAUGCAAAAAGUAUGUGUUUGUGGUGAGUGGUUUUUAAACUAUAUAUGUUAGUUCAUGUAAAUUGAAUUCUUAUUUUAAAAUUAAAGCUGUAACCUAAUUAACAUUAGUAGAAUGAUUGUUAUUGCAAUAAGCAUCAGAUUAGCAAUGCAUUAAAAAUAGGUAUAAAGCAGUUACUUAACAUGCCAGUAAAUUGAAAAGUGUAACUUAUUAUACAAACGUUUUGAAGCUAUAGUGAAAAUGUUGAUUUUUGAACCUUCACUUGACAUCUGGCUCACGGGGCUGGGCCAUUCACACGGUAUUUAGGAAACUAUCAAGUGGGGAAAAAACAUUUCUGUGAAGUAAAUAUCACUGUUUAGGCUAACACUGUAAAAACCGUAAUGUUAUAAUUAUUGUUUAUUUGGAGAGUUAAUCUCCUCCAAAGUUAUUUACUAUUGAUGUUUAUACCAUGAUUGCACUCUAGCCUUUCACAUACUAAAAAUCUGACUUGUUGUAUUGCAUGCCCUUUGUCCCGUAACACAUGUGUGCAAUGACAACAACUUGUUUUUAAAGGUGGUAUAGCCAGGCUUGGUUUUGUUUAUUUAAUGUAGCCUACAUUUUCAGUUUUUAUUUAAUAUGCCUCGGGGGCAUGACGGCGCUCUUUGACAGUGGUACUCUGUGAUCUCCAGAAAGCACCAUAAUGUCAUAUCUCCUGUAUUUACAUUACACAAGACAGAAGAUUCUAAGGUUUAUUAUAUUAAAAAAUUCUUUUUAAUUCUAACUAACUUCUGACCUUCAUACAAGGAAAUGCAUUAUGUAUGUUGUGCUUCCUUAGAGACCUAAAUUUGCUAUUGACACAUGGGAGCUGGCUCACUCCAAGGGGUAUUCCGCCUACGAGCCAUGGCGCGAGCCAGGUACUGUGCCCAACUGGGGUCUUAUUUUUAAAUAUAUAUAUAUUUUGUCCACAUGGGCGUCAACCUGCGAGCUGAUUUUUGAAGAAAUUACCAAAGUUUCUGGGAAAACAUGUUCAAGGUUAAACUGAAGAAUGGAUCUAAUGUUACUUGUUUUGUAAGGAAGAAAUUUUUCUUUGAACUAGUCUUUCAUUCUUUCUUCCCAAGGUUACAGAUUCUCAAAUGUGAAAUUCAGGUUGCUUAGACACUGUUUUCCAGUAUUCUGCAGGGUAUAUCAGUUGUAUGAAAGUUGGAAUGUUCUUUUCCCAGAAUUGAAAAAGUUUUUAGAUUAUGAAAUAUUAUAAAAAUAAAGCUAUAUUUAUGACUAA